AUGACUGCCUGGUGGCUGGGCCUGGGGAUUGCAGUGGGCAAAGCUCUUGGUGUCGCUAUAUGGUCUGCUGUCACCGUGCCAUUUCGUGGGCAAAAGGCGGGUGCCUCAACCUACAAAGAUAUGGCAGUUUCUUUUGUGCGCACCCUUUUUGACACUGCCUCCCUCAAGCAGGUCCAACAUGUUCUCCCCUCCACUUUUGCUCAAAAAGGUUACGAAGCCCAUAUGAAACGGCAAAAAGCAUCGCCUAGGGUAUUACAUCUUCCAGGCUCUACUACAGUAUUCUGGAUGGGGGAUCCUUCUGGUCAAAAACUGAUCAUCUACUUUCCUGGUGGUGGCUACUGCCUUCCUGCAGUACCGAGUCAUUUCAGUCACAUCGAAGCUCUCUGCGAAGAUAUCAGAGGAUACAACAAAACCGUCGGGGUGUUGUUCCUUACAUACGACCUUGCUCCCCAAGCCCAAUGGCCUCGUCAAUUAGGACAGGCAGUCACCGUUCUGCAGUACGCCAUCCAGGCACUGGGAAAACGACCGUCAGACAUCGUUCUUCAAGGUGACUCUUCGGGUGGCAAUCUUGCACUCGCAAUCUUGUCGCACAUCGCCCAUCCCCAUCCUCAAGAAACGGUGCCGAGAUUGUCACUUGAAGAACCCCUUGGUGGAGUUCUGCUGCUGUCACCUUGGGUUGAUUUUAGCACGGAUUAUCCCAGCUACCAGAAAAACGCCCAUAGAGAUGUCAUUUCCGCAAAGUCAUUGAAUGGCUGGGCACAGGCGUUUCUAGAUCGGACUGUAGAAGAUGAAUACAACUGCCCUGUAAAAGUCCCGGUAAAUUGGUGGAGACAUAUCCCCGUCACAAGAAUCUUCAUCGGUGCAGGAGAAUACGAAGUCUUGCUAGAUUCUAUCAAGCAGAUGGCGCAGAAGAUGAAGGCCGAACAUCCCGACACCAUCGUUAGUAUUGCACCCCAGGAAUUCCAUGUUGAGCCAAUCACGGACUUUGCUCUGAAAAUCCCCCCUGGUUCGCAGCUCAAGGCGAUGGCAUCAUGGCUGGACCGGACUUUUUCCGAGUAG